UGUGGGAAAGGAGGCGCAGUACGCGGCGUGAGUGGUAGAAUAGGGUGUGAUUCGAUUUGCGGGCCACCGACGCGGCGCUCGAUCGCCUGCGUUGGAUCCAGCUCCCGCGCAUUGUCCUCCUUCGAUCUUGCCGGGCCGCGCGAUCGAUCCGGGCGAUUGGCGAUCUCGCCUCGUGAUCCCUGCCAGGGUUUCGGGUUUCGAGGUCUGUGACCCUUGGAGCUUUUCCGCGAUGAGGUACAAUUGGCACAGAGUCGCCGAGAGUGGGCCUCUUCCAUUGCGAUUCCGCCACGGCCUGGUUGGCAUCACAGACAACUCCGCGAGGAUCUCUAUGGUGUAUGCCAUUGGUAGAAAUGAAGAGAACAAGGAUCUGGAAGUGUUUGAACUGGACAGCAAUCUAGAAAGCUGGAACAAAGUUCCUUUUCUUUUUGAGAACGAGCUCGCUAGGAAAGCGUUGACAAGUAGACAACAAGAGUUUUUACUUGCAGGAGCUGGAUCUUCCAUCUACAUGAUCGAGAGAACUUCGAGCUCUGGCAAGGGUGCCACGCUACUCAAGUUCGACACGGUGGAGCGCAAGUGGUGCACGAAAAAUGUAUCUGGACGCUCUGCGGAGGCAUCAGAAGUUGUAGCAGCUGCAACUGCCGGUGAAAAGAUUGUUUUGCUCGGUGACAACGAGCUUUCGACUGACGUUUAUUUAUUGGACACCAUCAACAAUCGAUGGACUGCUCCAAAGAUUUUAGGAACCCCGCCCUGUCCACGGGAUGGGUUCUCGUGUCUGACACUGGAAAAGGACAGGCUACUUGUUUACGAUGACAAGGAUAACUGGCUUCUAAAGAUCGGUACACCACACGGACGAGCUGGGGAGGAAGUAAUUUCUUGGGGUAAAGCCAGACGCGACACACUGCCUGUCGUCAUCUGUGGUCCGUCCGGCGUUGGCAAAGGAACUCUGAUAGCGAAGCUAAUGCAAGAGUUCCCGGACAAGUUUGGAUUCUCAGUCAGUCACACAACAAGAAAGCCGCGAGAGAAAGAACUUGAUGGUGUACACUACCAUUUCACAAGCCGUGAUAGCAUGGAGCUUGCUGUCAACGAGGGGAUGUUUCUGGAGCACGCCAACGUGCACGGGAACAUGUAUGGCACUAGCAUUUCAGCGGUUGAAGCAGUCUCUGAUGGAGGAAAGCGAUGCAUCCUGGACAUUGAUGUACAGGGAGCUAAGUCUGUGCGACAGAGCUCGAUGGAAGCAUUAUUUAUCUUCAUAUUGCCCCCAUCUUUUGAAGAGCUGGAAAAGCGUCUUCGCGGGAGGGGAACGGAGACAGAGGAACAAGUAAUGAAGCGGCUUCAAAACGCAAAGCGAGAGCUUGAGCUCGGUAAAGACCCUUUUCUCUUUGAUCAUGUCUUAGUGAACGACGACCUUGAGUCCACCUACAAGCAGCUGAAGGGUAUCCUUGGUCUCGUUGACGAUGGUGCCGAAAUCCCAGCCUCCCGCAAACUCGUAACUGGACUCAAACCAGAAAUUGACCAUAUCAAAGUGCAUUUGGUGGAUGUUUCGCCCGGUUUUACCAAAUGGCAGCCGGUAGAAGCCAGCGAAAAACAAAUACCCUGCAAGUACACUAACGCGCUUCACCUCAGCGACUUAGAGAUUCUCAUGACGGCAAACGAUGGCGAGAGCAUCGUUGUGAGGCUGGGGAAGUAGCAAACUUAUAUUUCGCUGCUUGCUAGGAACCAAUUUUGUUCACUGACCAGUCUCCUCGUGACCAUUCACAACAACAGGCCGAGAAUUUGCGUA